AUGGGUCAAAAAGGUGCUCCGGGAGAGUUUGGCAUUAAUGGUCCUGAAGGAGCACCUGGUCAACCAGGGCUCAUUUUUAGUGGACCAAAAGGGUAUAAGGGAGCAACUGGUCGACCCGGGCUAAGGGGCAUUUCUGGUAAACGUGGUCCAACAGGAUUACCAGGAAUCCCUGGACUAAAAGGGUUAACUGGUGAUAUCGGUGAACCUGGCUUUGCCAUAAGCCCUAAAGGUGAAAGAGGAAAUCCUGGUAUAUCAGGUUUUUAUGGCUUGAAAGGGAUAAAAGGAGACGCUGGAGAUUUGGGACUGGCAGGUUUUAAAGGAUAUCAAGGCCCGACAGGAAUGAAAGGAGAAAGAGGUGACGAAGGUUACGAAGGACUUAAUGGAUAUUCAGGUGCUAAGGGAAUGAAAGGUGAUAGAGGAGAUGAAAUACUCCCUUCAGAUGUUAAGCCCGGGCCAAUGGGUGAAGUAGGUCCUCCUGGAUUUGAUGGGCAACCUGGUCGUGCUGGAGCUCCCGGAAAUUUCGGAGAAAAUGGUAUUCCUGGAUUCAAAGGUGAAAGAGGUGAUAUUGGAGACAUUGGUCCAGAAGGUUUGCUAGGCAAACAAGGUGAACAAGGAUUCAUGGGUAUCAAAGGAGAAAUUGGUUUUGAUGGAGUCCGUGGUUUGCCCGGUCUUCCUGGAUUGCCAGCACCUCCUCCUCCAAUUCCUAAAUCAAGAGGAUUCUAUUUUACAGUACAUUCACAGACUCAUCUCAUUCCCGAAUGCCCCUCUGGAACUACACCUUUAUGGGAAGGAUUUUCUUUACUUCAUAUAGUUGCAAAUUCUAAGGCCCAUGGACAAGAUUUAGGUGCACCUGGAAGUUGUCUUCGAAGAUUUUCAACAAUGCCUUAUAUGUUCUGCAACAUAAACAAUGUUUGCGAUUUCGCCCAACGCGAAGACUACAGUUUUUGGCUCUCAACACCAGAACCAAUGCCAAGCGGUAUGACCCCGAUUCCAGCAACAGACGUUGGAUCAUACAUUUCCCGGUGUCAAGUGUGCGAGACAUCUACACGAUCCAUUGCUAUUCAUAGCCAAAGCAGCUCUAUACCAACUUGUCCAGAUGGCUGGGAUGAAUUAUGGAUAGGUUAUAGUUUCCUUAUGCAUACCGCUGGAGCUGAUGCGGCAGGUCAAAGUCUCAUAUCACCGGGAUCAUGCCUUCGGGAAUUCAGAACGCGACCAUUCAUAGAAUGUAACGGCCUCGGACGCUGCAACUUUUUCGCAACCGCUGUUUCAUAUUGGUUAUCAACAAUCGAUGACAACAAAAUGUUUGAAACACCUAUUCAAGAAACACUGAAACAAAAUAAAGUUUCUAGAGUCAGCAGGUGCGCCGUAUGUAUGCGACGUCAACCUCAGAGGUCGUAUAGCGCAGGCACAGUGGAGGCUGUACCUAACGCAGUAGUACGACGCCCCGUCAACCGACCUAUUAACCGGCUUCGGCCUCGCUACCCCCCGCGAGGUACCGGGGAAGACGCCGCCAUUGAAACAAUAGUGCCAUAA